UGACUCGUUCAUAAACAGCAGAUAAAAGAUCCAUCGAUAAGACAAAUUCCUUAAAAACUAAGUACCACAUGAAGAUAUUUGUUGUAGCAAUUUUUCAUAUUUCCUUUUUAUAAAUUCUAAUUCUAUACUCAUGUAUCAGUUAAGAUUAUCAAAAGAGCUUUAUCUUUUUGAUGUGUUUAAACCAAAACUAAACAAAAAUUGAUGAUGUCAACAUUUUUUACGUUGUUACACAUGUGUACACAUAGAACGUUACCAUGAUAGUAUGUUUAUUUGCGCUGAUGAUAUAGGAUAAGUAAAGCACUGCUGCAGUGUAGACUUACAUCUGGUGGCCUUGGAUGAAUCAAAAUAAAAUGAUUUAAUCUAGAACUGAUGAAUACAGUGAAACUGCAUAGAAUAUAUUUUAUCUUGAUAUAGAUAUAUUUUGUGUAGUGUCUUAUUCAUAAGGAUAUAUGUACAAAGUAGUACAAGAAUGGCUACAGGUGGAAAUUUUACGACCAGUUCAACUGAUGAUGAUCAGGAAAACCAAUACAUUGCCUCAGCAGAGGCCGCAGACAUUGUCAUCAUCAAUUAUCCAUGUAAUACUUGUAAGUCUAAAGAGAGCGUAAGUAUGACCGAGGCAGAACACUACUGUCCUACUUGUGGAGAAUUCUUCUGCGAGGAGUGUGUUACCUUUCACAACAGAAUGGCCUUAUUAAAAGAUCAUACUGUGUAUGGUAAAACUGACAUGGACAAGUGGGGACAAAAGACAACUUCUUCCACACUAAAGGAAAAAUGUGCCAAACACCCUACAGAAACAAUCACCAUGGUGUGUUUAACAUGUAAUGAACUGUGCUGCCAAGUCUGUAUUUCUAUAAAACACAGCAACUGUGAUCAUAAGAAGUAUAUUCCAACAGCAGCUAAAAAAAUCCUUCAAUCCAGCAGAAAACAGAAUAUUAUAAGCAAUAUACAGAAAAGAAGCAAAGAAGCCUUAGAUAUCAAAGAUAAACUGACUAACUCUUUAGAAGUCCUAAACACAAAGCAGGCCACCUUUCUAAGCCAUAUAACUGAUAUGAGAAAAAAAGCAGACGACAUUUUUAAUGAGAUGGAGAGAAGAGUAACCUCCCUUGGAAAUACUCUCCGUGGAAACAUUAGUGAAAAUAUUGUGACAUGUGAUGACCUGAUAAUUGAAAUGUGUUCAAUGAAAGAAAAACUUCUUAAUACUGACAAUAAAGAUGAGUGUCAUGUGUUUAUAGAUGUAGUCAAGGCAGAAAAUUACGAUACUUUUGCCAAAGAAGAGAUAGAUAAAAUAUAUAUAGACAAUAGUGAGAGUUUGCCAGCUGUAGAGGAGUUUAAUUCAACACCUGACACAGUCUCAGUUAAACCAAAUUCUUCAGGACAGAGUACAGGAGUUGGUCAAUUUUAAGUAAGCUGCAGACUUCCCUUAAAAAAGAAUUGUUCAAAAUACUUAUGCAUACACAAAGGAAGUCAUUUAGAAGGCCAUGUAGAAAGAAUAUUUCAAAUACGUGAUGGUUCAUUUAUUUUAAUUGAUUCUGCAAAUUUUUACCUGGUAUGGCAGUCUAAACUCUUACAAGUUGAAAAAGACCGUAGAUUUGCCUGAAGCACCCUCAGCAGUUUGCAAUACAGAACCAAAUCACACAGGCAUCAGUUUGAACAGCAAGUUAUGUGUAUUCAUGGUAGAUACAGACAUCAUGCCCAUUCCAACACAAGACUGGACAUUCAACCAUCGUACUUGUGGACUGGCUUAUUAUGACAGGAAGUACUAUAUCUCAUACCACGCCUUUACAGUUUAUGUGUAUGACAUUAAUGAAAUAUGCCAGAAAGAAAUCAAAACAUAUGUAAGAGGACCAUUGUUUAAAUCAGUCAGAAAUAUCGCCAUUGGAAAAGAAACAAAGACAAUUUACGUGACUGUUUGUUUGUUUUGGGUUUUACGUCACAUCGACACAGUAUAGGUCAUAUCGCGACGUUCCAGCUUUACUGGUGGAGGAACCCCUCAGGUGCCCUUCCGUGCAUUAUUUCAGGCACGAACGGGCACCUGAGUAGAACCACCGACGUUCCGUAAGCUAGCUGGAUAGCUUCCUCACAUGAAUUUACGUGACUGAUAUAGACAAAGGGUUCAUAACAAUGGAUCUAUAAGGCAAUGUCUUGUCAACCCUUGAAACAAAUGACUCAAUUGGAGAUGGUGCAUGUGUUACCAGCAUUGGCACUGUUUUUGUUAAACUAUUUACCCCGACAAAGAGAUUUAAAUUGAAGAACAUGGUACAACUGUUUAAAACACCUUUGUUCACUCUAACAAAGGGUCAGAGUUCAUGUGCACUUUGCUUUGACACACAAACCCCUGAUGUUCUGGUUUUUGAAAUCCUUUCUGCUAGUUCAGGAAUAAUAACAGUGUUCUGUUAA